CGGGCCGGAGACUCCGCCCCCCGGAGGCCGUGGAUUUGAAUAUGCCCCAUUGCCCGUUGCGCCGCCCCUCGCCCCGCCCACAUCCCUUCUCUCCGCGUCCCACCUCCUGGUUUUACUAUCAGCCCUAAGAGCUUCCAUUUACACACUGGUGGGGGGGGAGGGAAAACAAGAAAAUAAUACAAAAGGCCACAAAAGACAAAACAAUAACAAUAGGAAGACUAAAGAGAAGAGCGAGCGGCAGCCUGGCAUCUCCUGGAGGGCGCACACGGGCGGCAGUGCAGACAGUGAUUCCAGUUGAUUAAAAAGCGUUUGCAAUUCUCAGAAACGGGCACUAGACAAAACAAAGAUGUCUGCACGAGGGGGGAAGAAGAAGACCACCAAAUUGUCCCGCUCAGCCAGGGCUGGAGUAAUAUUUCCAGUUGGUAGAAUGAUGCGUUACUUAAGAAGAGGCACACACAAGUACAGGAUAGGCAUGGGUGCCCCUGUUUAUAUGGCUGCUGUCAUCGAGUAUUUGGCAGCUGAGAUCUUGGAGCUUGCAGGGAAUGCAGCCAGAGACAAUAAGAAAGGAAGGAUUACUCCAAGGCACAUACUCUUAGCAGUUGCCAAUGAUGAAGAACUCAAUCAGUUACUUAGAGGGGUGACAAUUGCAAGUGGAGGAGUCCUGCCAAGAAUUCACCCUGAGCUCUUGGCUAAAAAGCGUGGUACCCGCGGCAAAGAGACUAUCCUUUCUCAGCCCGUAGAGAAGAAAAAGAAAAAAAGUGGCAAAGCAUUGGACAAACUGACCAAGAAGGCAAAAGCUGGGAAGAACAAAGUACUCAGAAAGGAAAAACAAGCAGAUGGAAAGGAAGGCGCAUCCAGUUCCACUUCCGAUGAUGGCCCAGGAGAUGGGUUUACUAUCCUUUCUUCAAAAAGUCUUUUGCUUGGGCAGAAGUUGUCCUUGACUCAGAGUGAUCUUGGUCAUAUAGGCUCAAUGAAAGUUGAAGGCAUCAUCCAUCCAACAACAGCGGAAAUUGACCUAAAAGAAGAUAUAGGAAAUGCCUUGGAAAAAGCUGGAGGAAAGGAGUUCCUGGAAGCUGUGAAAGAGCUUCGUAAAUCUCAUGGACCCUUGGAGUUGACUGGAGCUGCCCUGAGUCAAGCGAAUGGAUUAGCAGCCAAGUUUGUCAUCCACUGCCAUAUCCCGCAGUGGGGAGCAGACAAGUGUGAAGAGCAGCUGGAGAAGACCAUCAAGAACUGUUUAUCAGUCGCUGAAGAGAAGAAGCUCAAAUCUGUGGCAUUUCCUUCUUUCCCAAGUGGCAGAAACGGCUUUCCCAAGCAGACAGCGGCUCAGGUCAUUCUGCGAGCCAUCUCCAGCCAUUUUGGCUCCUCCAGCUCAUCCACUGUGAAGAAUAUUUACUUCCUUCUGUUUGACAGCGAAAGCAUUGGGAUCUAUGUGCAGGAAAUGGCCAAGCUUGACACAAAGUAGAAGUAAGAGUUCACAGAGCAGCUUCGCACACAAGGGUGGUUGUACUCCAGUAGAAGAUUGGAGGCCUAGAGCUGAAGAAUUAAUGUUAAGAAGGUGUUGAAACACAUUUGAAGUUUUGUGGUUUGAGGACAGAUUUUACAUUUAUUUCCCAUGGUUGACGAGGCAUAUUUGGGCUAAUUCUCAUUGAAUUCUCCUAUUUCUGUACCAAGCCAGCACCCUAUUUGCAUUUUUAUAGAGUCUUUAAAGAAAUAUCCCUCUGUCGUCAUCAACCAUGUUUUAUUUCCUUCAAGGAUGUUGUUCCCAAUGUCUUCUCUUACUUUUCCUGUCUUAUUAUUUUAGACUUAGUGUUACGACAGCUAAAAAUCUGUUUUAGAUUUGUAGUAAUGAAUUUUACAAAUGUAAUAAGACCACAAUAUUAUUUAAAAAAACUAAGCAAAGUUCUUA